ACAUAAGCCCUAAAAGGGGCGUGGAAACCUGUCAAAAUUGCAUGGUGAUGAAUACUAUCGAGCUUAUUACUACUAGCCAGGGCUCUUUGGACUCUGGUGGCAUCAUCCCCACAGAGCCCUGCCACUAGCCCAUCGCCCCAGUCACCUUGUACUGUGAACCGAUGAGAACAUGUCGCAGGUGAGCUGCUGCCUGGGCCUGGGAGUCAAUGUGCUGCAUCUCUGGGGAAGCUCUGGGAUGCCACUGGCUGGGGGAUGAGCUGCAGGGAGACAUUUAAAUGUGAACUCGGCAAAACUCGGGGGGAGACUUACACUGAUGCCUGGAGCUGUGCCCAUCCGGCGCUCUCCAUUUCUCCCUCUGCUUAGGUGGCUUGUCUUACGCUCAGGCUCCCUCUCCUCCUGCUGCUGCUCGUUCCCCUCUUCAGGGCUAAACCGGGCCCUGUGACAUCAUAAGUGGCUGCCAUGGAAACGUCUGUGAUGUCACAAAGUGAGGGAUAUGCUGUCAGAGUGGCUCAUUUUGCCUGGCCGGUCCCUGAAGCCAAACAGCACAGGAUGUCUCUGAAGGCUGUCACCCUUGCUCUGGCACUUCUCGCCAUCACAGGGACCCAUGCAGAUGUCAGUGCCCAGCAGGUGGCCGAUGUGGUCUGGAAUUACUUCACCCAGCUGACGGGCGAUGCCAAGGAGACGAUGGAGCAGAUCCAGCAAUCUGAAAUCAGCAAGCAGCUCAACACCCUCUUCCAGGACAACCUCCAGAAUGUCAACUCCUACGCGGAAGACCUGCAGAAGAAGCUGAUCCCCUUCACCACCGAGCUGCAUGGCAAGCUGAGCCAGGACUCAGAGAAGCUGAAGGAGCAGAUCCGGCAGGAGCUGGAGGACCUGCGCCUCAAGCUGUCCCCUUAUGCUGAUGAAGUGCACCAGCAGAUCAGCAAGAACAUCCAGGAGCUCCAGCUGAAGCUGAGCCCUUAUGCCGAGGAGCUGCGUGGCCAGGUCAACCAGAAUGCAGAGUUGCUGCGCCAGCAGCUGGCCCCUUACGCCCAAGAGCUGCGGGACAAGCUGCAGGAGAAUGUGGACGGCCUCCAGGCAGCCCUGGCCCCCUAUGCCGAGCAGCUCCAGCAGCAGAUUGACAAAAAUGUGGCGGACAUGAAGGAGAAGCUGGCGCCCUUGGCUGACGAGCUCCAAGUCAAGAUAGACCAGAACAUGGAGGAGCUGCGCAAGCAGCUGGCCCCCUACGCCCAGGACGUGCAGGACAAGCUCAAUCACCAGCUCGAGGGCCUGUCCUUCCAGAUGAAGAAGGGCACAGAGCACCUGCGGGCCAAGCUCUCGGAGAGCGCGGAAGAGCUGCACCUGAAGAUGAGCCCUUAUGCCAAGGAGCUGAAGGAGAAGCUGCGCACGGAUGCCGAGGGCCUGCGCCAGUCCCUGGGCCCCUACGUGGAGGGCCUGAGUGGACAGAUGGAACAGAAGAUUGAGGAGUUCCGCCAAACCGUGGGCCCCUACGGGGAGGCCUUCAACAAGCAGCUGGUGCAGAAGGUGGAGGAGAUGAGGCAGAAGCUGGGCCCCUACACUGGGGAAGUGGAGGAUCAUCUCAGCUUCCUGGAGAAGGACGUGCGGGACAUGGUCGCCUCCUUCUUCAGCACCAUCAAGCAGAUCGAAAACUGAGGGGAUCCCUAAGAGGGCUCGGCUUCGCUUCCUAUCGCCACCUGCUCACCCUCAGCUCCACUGCACAAGCCAAGCCACUGCCUACCUCAGAGCCGGGGCAAAGAGCACUGGAACCAGCCCCAGGACAGGCUCAAGGGUGUACUGGCUCUUCCACAGUUCAUGCCACAGUGUGGGAAAAGGACCCGGCGCUGUGAAUGCCAGGAGACCUGCACAUGCCGGAUGACUGUCUGUCUGUGCUGCUACUGACUUUCCUGCACUUGCCCUCACUCCAAAAUUACCAUCUACUGUAUCUGCUGAAAUAAAACUGCAACACAGAAAUGCA